AAUCUUUUGGCUCAGAUUCUUGAUGAUGGCCUCCGAUGGUACGCUUGCCAAUGAACUGGCUCAGGCUAGACAGGAAUUGGAGAUUUUAAAGGCAGCGGAUCCCUUCAAGGUUGUCGACAUGGUCAUCGAAUUAUCGACAGAACGGAUGAAGGUUAAGCAAGCCGUGAAAGCUCGCGACAUGGCAGUACAACGAUUGUCAGAGGCCUAUACGUCUCUUGGACAGAAAGCUGCCAUUAUAGAUCACCUUCAAGACAGCGUCAGCCCCGAUUUCUUCAAAGAAUGCACGUCUUAUGCUCUCCGAAACAUAGGCGUUACGGAGGUAAACCUGCCGAAGAAGGAGAGUGCCCUCGACAGUCUUGUCAAGAUGAUGAGAGAAGAGAUACGCGUAAUAAAGAAACAGAGUGCACAGACGGCCGUUUCUACUGAGCCUCCUCCUCGGUACGAUGACGGCGCUUGUAAGACUAAGGAACAGUCGGGCAAUCAAAUUUCCGGAAUGAUUCCUCUCCGAAUUGCGCACGAUACGCCUCCCAUAGCCUUACAAUGUUCAUUGCAAACAUCGAUAUCCUCCGAAAGUCACAAUAUUAGACCUAUCGAUAAUGACUUUGAUUACAAGAUGACACACACCGUUCCACAGACCGUUGAAGCAGAGGAGACCAUCGAACAGAGAAACAAGCUCCUCGCUGCAAUGCCUCUCCCCCAAGAUCCACCAGAUGAUACGCUGAAACCGAUUCUUUUGCCUCAAAAUUUGUCCCUGCACGAAUUUCUCGGUAACACAUCUGGGGCUUUGCGCAGUUCGUUAACAGACUACCGCCUUUUGCAACAACUCACCACUACAUGGUGUCCGGAACGCGAGGAACAUGGCUAUUUCUUGACUCCAGCUUUCAAAUGUAAUACGAAUCCUCGGAUAGGUACUGCGCAUCGGUGGUCAUCAGUUGAUGUUCUUGCGAGGAUGAACAAACCUACUGAGUGCUUCUUCAACAAGGAUGGUACAUGGUACUACGCCGGUGUAUACAAAGCAUUUCGACUCGAUGACCUCACAACGAAAGAAUGGGAAGCAUUAUCCAAGGGAACAGUACAAGCUAUCAUCAAGGAAACGAUUGCCGGCCGCAAGAACAUCUCGCCGCAGAACGUCUACGAGACGUCUCAACUAUACGCCGCUGGUGCUCUCAAAGUUGCAUGUAUUGGGUUGCAGUGCGUCGGGUUCAACAGGACGAUGUACAAUUCUAUUUUGGAGCAGAUGGGUAAAUGCAUGGGUAGCAAGUGGAAGGCUGGCCACAGUGUAUCGGGCUCACGGAACGCUAACGGUAUUAAUGGGGUCCUGGGUGACCUCACCUUGGUGUUGAAUGGUCUCAGUGUCGGCGGCGAGGUUUCCGAACGUGGAGAAAGCUCGCCUUCUAAAGAUCGGCGGUAAUGGAAGGGUUUUUUUUAAUCCUUUCUUUUUGAUUGGUUUUCUGGGACUUUGGCAUCGUGGAACUGUAACUCGCAAAGAUUCAAAGCGGAUUAAUUUUCA